GAUCAAGCUGCUGGUGGUAGACAAACUUUUUCCGACAACUUCUGUGGAUAUAUCGGGGCCGACGCAGAAGUCCGAGUUCAUUGAUGAAGGGGAUUUUAUAUCCAGGAGUGAUUGUGGAGUUGAGUAGGAGGAGUUUGGAGAUGGAAUAUCUGAACGUCAUGCUGUCCAAGGGAGGAUGUUGCCUAGCCCGGCUCGCCGCUAGCCAAACAGCGUUAGCCAAAAAGUUCAAUGAGAAGGCAGCGGUCCCAGCAGCAAGGGCUAACCGCAAAAUACCUCUCUGGGCAAAAUCAGUGAGGAUCGGCUUGCAGCGGUGGAAGAGGAAUAGCUCUCUGUCAACGGUGAUUUGAUGGACGAGCAGGAUCCCCGGAGAGGCAAAGUUGACAGCUGGAGGUAGCGGGUAGCAGGCCAGAUGACAGAUCAAGCAGACACGUUCGCCACAACAGAGUCUCAAAGUACCAGGAACUCACAAGACACGUUCGCCACAACAGAGUCUCAAAGUACCAGGAACUCACAAGAUGGGUCUGGUAGCGGCAGCUCACAAGAGUCUCCAAGUACCGGCAACUCACAAGAUGGGUCUGGUAGCGGCAGCUCACAAGAUUCGUCUGGUAGCGGCAGCUCACAAGAUAUGUCUGGUAGCAACAGCUCACAAGAGUCUCCAAGUACCGGCAACUCACAAGAUGUGUCUGGUAGCAACAGCUCACAAGAGUCUCCAAGUACCGGCAACUCACAAGAUGUGUCUGGUAGCAACAGCUCACAAGAUGUGUCUGGUAGCAACAGCUCACAAGGCACGGCCGAUUCGACAGAUUUUCCAGGUACCGGCAACUCACAAGGCACGUCUACCACAAGAGGCUCACCCGGCACAGCAGGCACGUCUACCACAAUAGGCUCACCCGGCACAGCAGGCACGUCUACCACAACAGGCUCACCCGGCACAGCAGGCUCACCCGGCACAGCAGGCCCAACCGAUACGACAAUGUCACCCCCAACAGCAGUGUCAACCCCAACAGCAGUCCCGCCCGCCUCACCAGGUCGUUUCAACUUUUCAGUGCUCGCACAUUUCAAAGCUCUAGUGAUCAGGAACGGUGAUUCGAACCUUACCCAAGUUUUCCAAAAUUUCUUCAAUGAUUUUUUAGCACCCGUCUGUCCUAACUGCACCUUCACGAUUAAUAAUAUGACGCUGACCUCAAACUGACUGGCAUUGGGAUUUGUACUGUGUAUAUAGAUUAUUUCUGCUACUCUGUGAUUUCUGGGAGAUAAAGAGAUACCCACUGGAGGUGGACGAAUCAAUCCAAAUAUGAAUAUUAUCGCUAUCAGGGUGGUAUUGGUAUCAUGAGCUCUAUGUUCAUUUUGAUUUUCACAAAUACCUGUGUAAUUCUCUGUUUUGUUGUUUACAUAUACACAUGUUAAUAUACAGUGAAGGAUACAACUAUUUUAUUGCUGUCAAAAUGAUUACAUUAAUCCAUCAUCAUAAUCUGAUCAAAAAUGUUAAGGCAAUUAACUCAUCUGCAAGGCAGAAUGACUCAAAAUCCCCAAAACAUCUCUGGCAGGGCAUUUCGGGCAGUUUGUCCUUGUGCAAAUGGGCAAUUGAUCUGGUGGUGACCGCUGCAGAAACAAACUCCAAUGCUCCAAUCUCUUGCCCUAAAUGUUAACCAAGUACUAGCAAUACUGUUAGUAUACGCGCUAGCACAGAGGAAGUACUUUUAGCGACGUGAUCAAUAAUAAUUGAUCUGCAAAUGAAUUCCAGAUUAUAAAUCGUGCCUCUAACUUGUAUAGUAAAAGGUUGUGGCCAAAAACCGAGAAGUUGGUCAACUUUGACAUUCAACCUCUACCGAGAAUUACACAAAAAGACGGUCACUUCUUAAACUUGCAGCUCAUCCUCAUUAUAUUCAGGCUCAAAAAUAUAAGGUUCUGGAUCAUCCUUUGUCCCAAAAAAGUCGUUUUUGGCUCUCAUGAAGUCUGCCAUGAUUAGUAGUUGUUAUUGUUGAAGGAAAUAGCGAACGUUGGGACGUAUCUGAAAUUAUUCUGCAAUUAUAUGCUUAAAAUGACCAAAAUAUGUAAAUAUUACAUGUUGUUAUGAAUGGGCCUGUUUCUACUUUACAUAUAUACUUGCAGCAUGAUGGAACAAUGAUGGAUGUUUUUUACAGCGCUUCAAAGGCGAAAUACAGCGAAUCCCAUUACCUCUAUUGUUAGCUGACUUUUGCUAGCGUUUAUUUACGAGUUAGAAUUCAUAAAAAAGAAAAACAUAAGGAUUGUGAAUGACAGGCAUGAUAGGCAAAAGUGCAAUUCCCCUUUAAAGGUGCACGUCAAGUGCAUAUUUGGUGUAUCCUUUCUUAACUCUAUUUGCUCAUGCAAUAUGAAACAUGAUUAAUAUAGAAUGAUACUUAAUGGUGAUUGAUCGAAAUUAAUCUACAGCAGACAUGGGCAAAUUAAGGCCCGGGGGCCACAUGCGGCCCGUUGAGCUUUUCAAUCUGGCCCGCCGGACAUUCCCAAAUAUAUUUUUUAGAUCUCUAAGAUGGAAACUGUAGCUGCCUUUAUGAUGUGCAGUCAUGUUUUCUAAUGACCGUAAGUCUUCAACUAUACAAAGUAUUUCAAUGGUUGGAAUCUGCGCUUAUGGAUGAUAUACUAGUUACUAUGGUAAUCUAAUUAGUUAUUAUGGUAAUCCAAUUAGUUACUAUGGUCAUCUAAUUAGUUGCUAUGGUCAUCUACGUCACAGCAGCUCAGACGAGGCACCAAGCAGUGUGGGCGGGAAGCAUUUCCACAAGACGCGGAAGAUUUUCACAACAAAGUUCUUAGUGAUGUAUAGAAUAGAAUAGAAUAGAAAGUACUUUAUUGAUCCCUGGGGGGAAUUCAGCAAAUAUCAGAUGUAUCAGAUUGUAGGUGGGUUUAUUUUGUACCCUUCGCGUUCAUAUUUCACUGUUUGUUGCAUUUUUGCUGUGUUUCACUUGAUUGUAAAAUAUGUCGAUCGAAAGGGGGUGUGACGUUCAUAUUUUGUCAAUAUUCAGAGUUUUAUCGUUCAUAGAAAAAUGUAAAAUCCCAUUACGUUUUUUAAGGCGGUCUGUCAUAACGUUUUUAGCAUUCAAUCAGACAUUAUUGUGAGGUUUUGUAUUAGUGUUCCUAAAAAUAGAUAUACCGGCCCCCAGACACAUUUUUUUCUCUAAAUGUGGCUCCCGAGUCAAAAUAAUUGCCCAGGCCUGAUCUACAGCAACUCUGUGAUAAAUCUGAAGAUUUUUUUUUUAUUAUUCAUUUGACAGCAGGGAAAUGUAUAAAUGUAUUAUUUUGUGCUAUUGGCUUCAUUUUCCUGAAAAAAAUAUGCAAUAAAAAGGAAAGAAGAGAAUAUUUGUUGUUGUUGCUUCUAGUGUGAGGUUGUCCUGUAUUGCUCUUUUGUUAAAUCGUUCACAAAUGCGUGUUGAUAGGAAUGUGUUUUUCUUAUACAAAAAGCGCUCCCCUUUGUGUUAUU